AUGGGUCUUACUGAAGAACAAAAGAAACUUGUUAAAGCUAAUGCACAUAUCAUGAAGGAGCAUGGUAAAGAAAUAACAACAAAAUUCUAUAACACAAUGUUCAAAGAACAACCAGAAUAUCGCAAUUUUUUCAAUCAAACCAAUCAAAAAACUGGAAAACAACCUAUGGCAUUGGCACAAACCGUCUUUUAUUUCGUCGAAAAUAUUGACAAUUUAGAUGUUAUGAUACCACAGAUGGCACGUAUUUCUAGCAAACAUCGCGCCAUCACUGUCAAACCUGAACACUACCCAGCUGUCGGCAAGUAUUUAUUGCAAGCAAUCAAAGAACAUUUGGGUGACCAAGCAACACCUGAAUUAAUGGCGGCAUGGCAAGGUGUAUAUGAUCUUAUUGCAGCAACAUUUAUCAAAUUGGAAAAGGAAUUGUACGACAAACUUGGCACCGAUGAACGUGAUAAAGGUUUCGCUCCAUUCACUGUUCUCAAGAGUGAUGUCAUCGCAAGUGGACCCAUUUAUGCUAUGAGUCUGGAACGUCAAGACGGUGGAAAACUAUGGGAUUAUCAUCCUGGACAAUAUAUUACAUUGCGCAUUGAAAAAAAUGGUGUACUUCAUCAUGGACACUAUCCUCUAAUUGAACCAUUCAAUGGCUACAAUUAUACUAUCGCUUUUAAGCAAGGAAAUGAUCUUGAUCAAAAUAGCAUUGUCUCAACCGAUAUGAUUGAGAACCAUCCAGUUGGCAGCACGGUUUUAGUUUCACCUCCUGCUGGUAGUUUUGCAAUGGCCAAGGAUGGAAAGAGUCACUUAUUCAUAAGUGGUGGUAUCGGUGUUACUUCUUUCAUGUCGAUGAUCCAAGAAUUGCAACAACAAGGAAAAGCAGCUUCGGCAUCAUUAAUUCAGUGUGUACGAAGUGAAGAUCAUGCUGCCUUUGCCGGCAAAUUACAUAAAAUACUUCCACAUGGUCAAUACCUAAUCUUGACACAAGAAGAACCAAUUUCGAAGGAGCAUCUUCACGGUAAAAUCAAACCAGAUACACAUGUCUAUGUGGCCGGCUCGGAAGUGUUUCUCAGUAUGGCCGAAAAUGCUCUUGCAGGACUUGCUCAUCCAAAAUCUCAUAUUCAUAUUAGAUCAAUCGAACCAACACUUCGUAUAUUACAUAGUAUUGGUAAAAAAUAA